UCUCCUCUUUGGCUCUUUGCCUUGCCUUUCUUCCGUCUUCCUCCCGAGUCCUGCCUGACUGCUACCAACCCAACUCAACGCGGCUCUAAAUCUCGCCUAUAGUCUACUACCGCCUGCCGUCCGGCUGCAGCUAGCGUCAUCGCUGACGCCCCAAUUCCCCCACCCCACCUCUCGCGAGCGUCGCCGCCAUCGCAGUUUCCCGUUGUUCCUCAUCGCGGAAUCGCGUUCCCGCUGCCUCCACCUCGUCCACAAUCUUUAGUCCUUGGGGUUUGAGAGGGUACUGUCACCUCCCACGAGUAGCAGAUGGCCAGGAUAAAGCCGAAGCAGCUGCUAAUUCAGAGCAAGACAAAGAAGAGUCCCAGUCGAAUCAGUUACUCCAGUAUCAUCACUUGGAACCUCAUCGUUGUCUUGGUUGUGCUAUCACUCUAUGCGACCUACAGGCAUUGGCAUCACAGGCCGGCCUUCGAGCCUGAAAUGGAUCUUCAUGGGGCUGAGAAUGUAGAGAGAUCUGAAGAUUCAACAAAAUUAAGUACACCUAACUAUGCAGUAAUGGACACUGCGAAAGGCUCAAUUACUAUAGAAAUAUACAAAGAUGCUUCUGCUGGUGUUGUGGACAGAUUUGUCAAAUUAUGCAAGAGUGAUUAUUUUAAAGGAAUGCCAUUUCGUCAUGUCAUAAAGAACUUUGUAAUCCAAGGAGGUGAUUUUGAUUUCAAUGGAGCUUCCCAAGAUUGGAUACUAAAAGCCAAAGCCAGUGGAGAAAAUGCUCUCAGUCCAAAACAUGAAGCAUUUAUGAUUGGAACUACAAAGAGUCCUAACAAUAAAGGAUUUGAUAUAUUUAUCACGACUGCUCCAAUUCCCGACUUGAAUGACAAGAUUGUUGUGUUUGGGAGAGUUAUUAAGGGAGAAGAUAUUGUUCAGGAGAUUGAGGAAAUUGAUACCGACGACCAUUACCAGCCCAAAACCCCUAUAGGUAUCAUUAACAUCACGCUCAGGCAGGAGCUUUGAGCUGACUCCAUCCCUGACCUUGUACCAGUCGUCACCUGUCUGUGCUCUUAAUCUCAUGUUGCUGUUGUAUUGAUACGUGUGGACGCGAUGCCUUCCUCCAUAUACCCAUUGGAAAGACUGCAACUUGCAAAGUAGGCACACUUUGGAAACUCGCCUGGCAAUUUGUUCCAGUUCAUGCAGCAGUUGUGUAUAAAUUUAUCUCUUGUGUUAUUUGGCUGUGGUUUCGGUGUUUGGCUGUUCCAAUGUAAAUUUCAACCUCUUUUUGGAAACAUGAAUAUGGCAGCGAGCUUAUCAAACCCGAUGGUGAGCUUAUUCAA